GGAUCGCUGAGCGUUCUCGCUCACUGCAGAGGGGCCGGCGACGCCUUCUGGACCACAGGCCGCGGGGGCUGAGGUCCUGAAUUGGCCUUGCACCUUCCACCUCCGCAGGCGGGCUUCCCUCGGACCUCCUCUUUCAUCCUACGGAACGGACCCGUCGCGUACCCCUUCCGCUCGGAGCAGAUGUCCGCCCGCCACCCUUUCCGACUUGGACAGUGCCGGCCCAGCAGCUGAUGUGGAUGGACAGCGGAAGCUCAUGUUUCCUGUAAAGGUGCCUGGAGUGUGUCCGAGUCCAUCUCUCCCAAUCUUGGCCCGCACACCUGUGGAUGGCCAGCUGCUACCCUGGGACUCUCCCCGACCUAUGAUGUUUAGCCAACUUAGGUUAAUCAGUCUCUUAUCUGGUCCCUGAGGCCAUUUCUGAGCUGUGAGCUGCAACACGGGGAGUUGAACUUGGAGACCUCUGGCUUCAAGGGCGAGCAGCGGUGUCAUUUCUGCUUAAUUUCGUUUCCUUACAUUCAGAGGAAGAGAGCAUCUAAGACGAUAACAUCGGGACUGCUGGCCACCAGGAGAGUGAUUUCCCAGUGACUUGGGCGGGCACAACCAGAGAGCAGGAAUCUUCUCUUGUUGGCCACUAAAUGCCUAUGCGCACCACACAUCCUUCUAGAAGAUGGGUGGAGCUUCUUGGUUGACCAUGGACAUUGCACCCAGCAGGAUGAAGGCAGAGUGCGUGACAUCAACACCACAAGGGUGCGGUGCCACCGUCUUAGUCUCCCUGCCCGGCCAGCUCUCCGCCUCCCGUCUCCACCAUGGUGUUUGGUGAGUUUUUCCAUCGCCCUGGACAAGACGAGGAACUUGUCAACUUGAACGUGGGGGGCUUUAAGCAGUCUGUGGACCAGAGCACCCUGCUGCGGUUUCCUCACACCAGGCUGGGGAAGCUGCUCACCUGCCACUCGGAGGAGGCCAUCCUGGAGCUGUGCGAUGACUACAGCGUGGCCGACAAGGAGUACUACUUUGACCGGAACCCGUCCUUGUUCAGAUACGUGCUGAACUUCUACUACACCGGGAAGCUGCACGUCAUGGAGGAGCUCUGCGUGUUUUCCUUCUGCCAGGAGAUCGAGUACUGGGGCAUCAACGAGCUCUUCAUCGACUCCUGCUGCAGCAACCGCUACCAGGAGCGCAAGGAGGAGAGCCACGACAGGGGCUGGGAGCAGAAAAGCAACGAGGUGAGCUCCGACUCCUCCUUCGAAGAGUCGUCUGUGUUCGAGAAGGAGCUGGAGAAGUUUGACAAGCUGCGAUGCGGCCGGCUCCGAAAGAAGAUCUGGAUUCUCAUGGAGAACCCGGGGUACUGCCUGUCCGCCAAGUUCAUCGCCAUCUCCUCCCUGAGCGUGGUGCUGGCCUCCAUCGUGGCCAUGUGCGUUCACAGCAUGGCGGAGUUCCAGAACGAGGACGGCGAGGUGGACGACCCGGUGCUGGAGGGCGUGGAGAUCGCGUGCGUCACCUGGUUCACGGGCGAGCUUGCCAUCCGGCUGUUUGCGGCUCCCUGUCAGAAGAAAUUCUGGAAGAACCCUCUGAACAUCAUCGACUUUGUCUCCAUCAUCCCCUUCUACGCCACGCUGGCUGUCGACACCCAGGAGGAGGACAACGACGGCAUUGAGAACAUGGGCAAGGUGGUGCAGAUCCUGCGGCUUAUGAGAAUUUUCCGGAUCCUCAAGCUGGCCCGGCACUCGGUGGGACUCCGCUCUCUCGGGGCCACGCUGAGGCACAGCUAUCAUGAAGUGGGGUUGCUGCUUCUCUUCCUGUCGGUGGGCGUCUCCAUCUUCUCCGUGCUCAUCUACUCCGUGGAGAAAGAUGACCACACGUCCAGCCUCACCAGCAUCCCUGUCUGCUGGUGGUGGGCCACCAUCAGCAUGACCACCGUGGGCUAUGGGGACACUCACCCCGUCACCUUGGCCGGGAAGCUCAUCGCCAGCACGUGCAUUAUCUGCGGCAUCCUGGUGGUGGCCCUUCCCAUCACCAUCAUCUUCAACAAGUUCUCCAAGUACUACCAGAAGCAGAAGGACAUCGACGUGGACCAGUGUAGCGAGGACGCCCCGGAGAAGUGUCACGAGCUCCCUUACUUUAACAUUCGGGACAUUUACGCCCAGCGGAUGCACGCCUUCCUCACCAGUCUGUCUUCUGUGGGAAUCGUGGUGAGCGAUCCCGAGUCCACGGAUGCUUCCAGCAUCGAAGACCACGACGAUGCUCACAACACGGUCUCCUUGGAGAACUGCACAGCAAAAUGAGCAGAAACGUCCGUGCCUGUAUCUCAUGUCCCCUCCCGAUGUUAGGUUAACACAGCUUUAGAAACCUCAAUGGGUUCGUUCAGAUCAUUUAAUUCUCAGGGUGUACUUUCAGCCAUAGUUGGACACUCAUUACUCCAACAUGAGAGAAUUGUCUUUAUUUUUCUCAGAGAGGUGAAUCAAUUGCCUUGUUCUGAAAUUUAUUUUUUACAAGAGAGAGUUAUAAUAUGAUUUUGGAAAAAAAAAAAAGAAGUAUGGUAUGGGGCGGGGUUUGUGGCGUUGGCUUAUGUUUCAUUCUAUGUUUGUCAUUUACUCACAUUGAGCUAACUAAUUACUGACAAGUAGAAUCAAAGGCCCAGCUGACUGGAGACUACAUGCAUGUAAGAUCCGCAAAAUGAGACAACGCAUGUAAAUCCAUGUUCACGUUCUAGACAUGGAAAUUAGGAGCCUAAUAAACUGCCUCAUGGCUUCGUUGUA